AUGGACAUCAACAAAUACUUCUCCAGGCUGGGAUACAAGGCUUCCUGUAAACCGGCCAACAGGGAAACGCUUUGUGAGAUAAUGCAUCACCACAUCAUGGCGAUACCAUUUGAAAACCUCAGCGUUCAUUGCAGAGAACCCAUCUCUCUCGACAUAGAAAGCAUUUUUCAAAAGAUUGUGAUGAAGCAAAGAGGUGGUUGGUGUUCCGAACAAAACCACCUCCUCUUCUGGGCUCUGAAGACCAUCGGCUUCGAUGUGGUCAUGCUGGCCACUCAUGUUUACCAGCCCCAUCUGGACAAUUACAACCCACUCGCAACUCAUCUUCUACUCAAGGUGACACUAGAUAGCAAGACGUACAUCGUUGACGUUGGCUUUGGAUCUUCCCUUCAAUUUUGUCAACCUUUAGAGUUAAAGAGUGGGAUGGACCAGCCGCAAAUUCCCGGCAUAUUUCGCCUAAUGGAAAUCAAGGGAAUGUGGUUCUUGGACAAGAUAAGGAGAACCCAGAUGGUUUCCAAUAGCUCGUUUUCAGAAACGGAACUGCUUGAUAAAGCGAGUUAUAGGAAGAUCCACUGCUUCACUCUACAGGAGAAGACUAUAGACUACUUUCUUGAAUCCUGCAAGUUCCACCAAACAUCUCCAAAAUCAGCCUUUUUCAACAAAUCCGUGUGCUCUCUCCAGGUUAGUAACGGUGUCCGAACACUAGUUGGCUGGACAUACACGGAAACCAAAUACAACUAUCGAAAGAGUGUGGAUCUGGUGGAACUUAAAACUCUACAAAAUGAUGAAGUGGAAAAAGUUUUAAAAGAAAAAUUUGGCAUUGUUUUAGAGUCUCCGCUUGUCGUAGUUAAUAAUUCUGGCAACUACACCAUUUAA